UCUAUAAGACACUAGCUGUUGGAGAGGAGGUGAUCCACAGGCAUGCGGAAAUGAAGGAAUAGCUGGAAGAAGUAAGGAAGAAGACCUCAACGGAGUGGCAGGCGGAAUGGAGCAUUUAUAAUAAGGAUAAUUUCACCAGGAAACUAAUAAGUAAUGCGUCCAUAUUCGCCAGGAAUAGAAGAGACAUCGACCACUUUACGAUGCAAAUGCUCACGGGACACGGCAUCUUCAACAGCUACCGCAAGAGGAUCGGUAAGGAGGUCGACACGAAGUGCUGGGACUGUGGAGACCCGAAUGACGACGCCGAGCAUGUCUUAUUGAGAAUCGAGUUGGAGAACUUUCUGGGUGUCAAGAUAAGAGUUGGACACCUUGGUGGACACCGUAGUCACCAAGGAUGAAUACUGGAGGAAGUUCAGAGAGUUCUGUAAGGGUAUAAUAAGCUAUAGAAGGGAUAUGGAGAAGGCGAUGGAGUCAGCGAAUAGGACGAGUGGCAUCAGUACGCGACGAUAAUAUGCGGCGACACGGUUGAGGACAACCCUGAUCGGCUCUGCUGGGGUUGUCCGUAUCUAACAAAUCAGAGGAAAGAGGAGGGGUUUUUAGUAGGUAUGGCGACGUCAUCUGCCGAGUCCCACAUAACCUGGCGACGCGGGUCACCGGGUCUGCGCAAAGGCAUAUUCCUCUCCUCGCGCGCAAAGGCGCCCGGCCAUGUUUCUGCGCCUGGCGAGGUGGGAAGCAGCAGAAUGGAGGUUGCGGAGGAAUCUCCAAGAAGAGUCACGAGGAGUUCGCGAGCCAUGUCUGACGACGAAGAGUCAGUUGUUUCGUUCGCGUCGCGCUCAUCGCUGGCUUCGACGGCGUCCAGGGGAAAGAAUAGGCGAAUUAUGUCGACAACCCCGGAUGUUUCGGAAGAGCUGUCCAUAGAAGUAAGGGCGAGCUCGGCGGCGGACGUCAGCGCCGAAUUUACCAGGAAUGUCGCGCAGAUCAUAGGGGUUGCGACGAUAUCUCUUGCCACCGGGACGAUGUAGUUGUCCAGGAGGAUUGGACCCGCCUGCGUUACCCAGCCUCAAGACUCGCGGAUGCGAGGCCAUCGUUGCUGGAGGAGCAAAAAGCGAGGUCCUGAGGAAAGAGCUUGCGAGAAUGGCGGUGAGCGCGCCUUGGGACUGUUCUCGGUGCGGCGCCUCGGCUUCCGAUUCGGAGUGUCCUCCGAGAAACGGACAAAGUGACAACGCGCGUCUCACUGCCCUGGAAAAGAAGGUCGAGGAGCUGGGACCCUCCAUCAUAAGGGCCAUUGAAGAGCGCAUCGGAUGUAGGCGACACAGUCGUGAGGUGCGAGCCAGAGAGGAUUCGGUGGCCUCGGCUCUCAU